AGUGCUGGACAGAGGAAAACUGCAACGAGUGUGGCGUGUAAAUAUUGCGGCAAAACGCGAACUUACGAUUGAGCGCUGGCGAGGACCACACCGAGCACACCGGAAUCGCUGUCUACAAGCUCGCCUACGUCGAUUUUCCCGACGUCCGGCUCAAAACAACCUCGUGGUCACCAUGUCAUCAAAAUUGCCUUCUGUGCUCAACGCCAGCGAGGAUGACAUAAAGCUCCUGCUGGCUGCGCAAUCACACAUUGGUAGCAAGAACUGCGACAAGCAGAUGCGGAGGUCUGACGGUCAGUGGAUUCCAAACGAUGUCUGUGUUAUCUUUGCUCGCCCGUACGGGCACCGUGCCGUACUCAAAUACGCCGCAAAUACCGGCAUGCAAGCCAUCGCGGGCCGUUUCACGCCCGGGUCUUUUACCAAUUAUAUCACCCGCUCAUUCAAGGAGCCGCGUCUGAUUGUCGUUAUGGACCCGCGCGUGGACCACCAGGCAAUCCGCGAGGCAUCAUACGUCAACAUCCCCGUCAUCGCGUUCUGCGGCACCGAUGCGCCGCUGAACUUCGUCGACGUUGCCAUUCCAACGAACAACAAGUCACGUCACUCGAUCAGUCUGAUGUGGUGGCUCCUCGCACGCGAAGUUCUCUGCCUCCGCGGCACGAUCCCUCCCACUCCGGAGGGUUGGAACGUCAUGGUCGACAUGUACUUCUACCGCGAUCCCGAGGAGGUCGAGAAGCAGGAGGAGGAGGAGGCUCAGGCGAAGGCCGAGGCAUGUCUCAACGAGUGGGAAGUCACAUCGGCUCCCGCCGUGGGCGGCAUGAACCCUGUGUUGGCCGGCGAGGGUGGUGCUCUCGACUGGUCUACGGAGCCUACAGGUGCCGGUUCCACCGACUGGGCAGCAAACCCUCCCACUGCUACCAGAGAUUGGGGAGCGGACGCUGCCGCUCCGUUGGGCUGAGAUGAAGUGGACUAUAUAUGUCUCGUGUUAUCCGAUGUCGGGCUGUCAUGAUAUUCAUUUCUCUUAUCGCUUCGCAAUGCGUCUGGCUUCCACAGAAUAGUGCAGUGUAUGCGCAUUGUGCACCAUGAAACAUCAUGUAUUCAUUUCCCUACACGGAAACAAGAUCCUCACGACGUCUGCUCUACUCAUGUCAUGAAAACUUUAUGAAAGCCCAUGCACAAUGCAAACCCAGAUCUCUUUCGAAUAUGCAAGUAAGACAUAAAUCUCAAUGACCAUGUUUCCAUUU